AUGGCGGGCCAACAGCAGCAGAUACUGGAUACCAUCUUCAGCAUGAAGAGGAAGAUGCUGAAAAAAGACGAUUCUGACACAGAAGAUUCCGAGACGCCAUUCAGUAGCAACAAGCAGGAUUUGAGGCGCAAAGUCCAUUAUGCGCGCGCUAGCGACCCAGACUUCCUAUCUGACCCGCGACCCUACAAGAAGCGCAUUGAGCAUGCCGGCUACCACAGGUCUAUCUUGCAGCGCAACCCUCCGCGAUACGAUCCGGACGGCGAUAUUGUCGAAGUCGACGACGAAUACGAGGACGAGGAAGACGUGGAGCCUGUCGAAGAGAAUCCAUACGGUAACAUACAGCUCGAGAGUCUUCUUGCGCCGCUCACCUCUGCCGCCGACCUACCCAACCAUCCUGCCCUGAGCGUGGCAUACUCCUCUCGACAUCUCACCGACCUUGCGAACGAAGCCGGCGCUCUAUCGCGAAAAGAGCACGUCACCAACGCGCAGGCAAAGACUUUGUUUGUAAAGCUUCAAGGCGACUCCACAUUUGCGCCAGAUGCUCUAUCGGCUAUGGGCAGAGCGCCCUUCCAAGAGUCGUGGAUCGAUGGCGCAAACGGACACGCGGAAGAAGAAGAAGAGCAGCAGCAGCAAACUCAUGAUGCUGAAAUGCAGGAUACCUCGGAAAGUCCCCAUGACGUAGACAUGGAGGAUGCAGGUCAGCCAAAUGGCACUAGCCGAGAGACCGAGACCAACGGUGAGAAGGUCAAUGGCGCACAUCCUGUAACAAACGGAACGCACAUUGGGGACGCAGAGCAAGCGCAAGAGAACGGAGAAGGAAUACCCGACGAUGCGUCUGAUACCGCGUCGCAACAGACGGCGCAUCGGAUGACGACUCGAAGACGAGCUCAGGCGGCAGCCUCCACCCCUUCCCCACCUCAUUCCCCCUUGAGCGGUGUUGGCGCGAUACAUCCUCACUUUAUACACCCCUCAGACUCGCUGCCGGAUCGCGACUUUGGUCUCCCACCCAGCGAGGCCGAGGAAACGCGCAUGCUUCUCAUGGCUUAUGUACAAAAGCAGGAGGAGGUGGCGCGUAUAACCUCAGAUCUGUAUCAAGGUCUAUUGCAAGCCGACCGCAUGCGGCAAGAUGUUUAUAAAUGGUCCAAAGCAGAAGCACAUGUAGGAGAAAUGAGCGACGGCGAGGAUUGGUAUGACAAUGAGGAGUGGGGUCUCGAGCAAGAUCUCGCCAAGGGCCGGGACGAAGAAGAAGACGAUACAGCUGUGGCUGGCAAGAAGAGUACAAGACAACGGCGGAAGCCUGACAAGGAUGACCGGUAUGAGCCGUCCACGUGUUACCGCGUCAACAUCGUGCUUUCUCCACCGUCCAAACUCGAAGCUUCCCACACCUCACACCGUCAGUUCGCCAUGGAGUUCGUUCUCCGGUGCAACGACCUGAAGUGUCGAAAGCGGUUGCACGAGCGUGCCGUAGUCACCACUUGCAGUCAUGUCUUCUGCAGCGAUUGCGCGGAUACCACUGGGCUGUCGAGGUCUACGAAUGCGCAUCGAACCUGUCCAGCAUGUAACGCAUCGCUGCACAACCCUGACGACGUAGUCGUUACAGGCCUCAGCCCAUCGGAAGACUACAAGACAUCAGUACUCAGUGGCCUGAGUCCGACGAUCAUCAUGGAAUGUGCGAGCCGCGCUUUGGCUUUCCAUAGCUAUCAGACAUCGCAAGAAAUCAUAUAUCAAGAGCAUCUCGCGAAGGGCUUGACUGACAAGUACGAUACGCUCAGCCAACAGAUGGAUCAGCUCAUCCAUGAUGCAAAUGCGCAGAUCAAAGCAUUACAGGACAAGAUGCAGGCUAUGCAAGCCGAACAAGAGGCUCUCGAAACCAAGAACUUUGAACUUGCGAAAGCUUAUAAAGAAAAGACCAUAGCGCAUCAACGAGUCCAGAAUCACUACCAAGCACUGAAAGGGCAGGUCAACUUGACCCACGUAGCCCGGGCCGCUGGUGACGAAGCCGCGCAUACGCUCCAAAAUGCUCGAGGAGAUCGUUUCAUUGACCGUCUUCCCGGCACACGGACGGGAACGGCCAAAUACGGUCAGAUGAACAUGUCCCACCAAGCUGGCGGCGGCGGCGGAAUGCACAACAGAGAUUUCAGCAGGAGUUCUGAGAACAGUGGACGGUUUCAGCAGAGCGGUAUCCACAUCGGGCCCCCAUUCAACCCAUCAUUGCAAAGACGGGUUCUAGGUGGCAGGAACAAUAUUGGUCUGACACUCCAGGACGUCGGCGAGGCAGAGUCAGGCGUACCACGUUUCUCCACGUCUCCAGGCCUCCAGUCUCGUAUUGUGCAACUGAACGUUCUCCACGACGCGGAGAUAUCCGUCUUAGGCGUUCAACCUUCACCCUCAGCAACUAGAAUCACUGAUAGCAAUCGUGGAGCAAUUGAUCGAUCGCGACGAGCUUUGACAGGGGGAGUGGAUGAGGCUAGAGAGAGGGAACAAACAUAUAAACUUGUCACUCUCAGUAUUGAACGCACUAUCGGAAUAUUUGCUCUUUGUCCAGCUCCUGCUACUCCUAAAAUGAGGACUUCACAGCUCACGGUACUUCCCAUCUUGGGUCUUUUGCCUGCAUCUACCUUCGCAGACUUUGUCAUUGGAAAAUACUCUGGUCAACAGCUUGGUGGUACUUUUCAGACACCAGGACAGCUAGGAGUGACAGGGACGUGGAUUAGUACAAAUAUCCCCGGCCAAGAUUCCGGCUUCACAACCUCCGACUUCUGCGACGCAGGCACUUCGGCGGACGCCAGCGUCGACGAAUGGAAGGACUGGACCAACAAUGACUUCUGCGACCUAGAAGUGCCAGGGUGCCCCUCCACUAUGCGCAUCGUCAAGUCCGCGGGUUCGUUUUCUGGGGACUGCGGUGCCGAGGUGAAUAACGCGGACUAUACAGGCGACUAUGGUGUCCUAAUCGAUACGGUUACGAGCCCCAAUGCGGCGAUUGGAAACUGUUACUACGCGGGCGGGGAUCUGUAUGAGAAUUGCGCUAGUACAGGAAGUGUUUACUACAACGCGCUUGUCGUUUGUCUUACGGGGGUUUGUGGAGGGGUGUUGGAGAGUGAAUUCAACCCUUAA